CUUUCCUGCUCCCCCCAGCCCCAGGGACCCCCCCUUCCAGCCUCCGGCCUGGCAGCCCCCCCGAGGGCAUGUCUGCGGCCAGGCCGCCCCUCGCCACCCUCCUCCUGGUGGCCCUGAAUGUGGGUCUCUACCUGCACCCCCUGGGGUCCCCCGAAAACACCUGCCUCAGCGUGCAGGGGGUCUGGGCGCUCGGCCAGUGGCAGCGCCUCCUGCUGGCCCCCUUCCACCACCUGGGCUGGGGGCACCUGGGGCUGAACAUGGGGGCGCUGCUGUGGCUGGGGGCAGGGCUGGAGGGGAGGGUGGGCAGCGCCCGGGCGGGCUGGAUCCUGGGGGGCAUGACACUGCUGGGGGGGCUGGUCCAUCUAGGGCUGAACGCGGGGCUGGCGGCCGUCCUGUGCGACCCCCGGCGCCGGGAACACUGCGCCGUGGGCUUCUCAGGGGUCAUCUUCUCUCUGGAAGCCAUGGAGGGUCUCCUAGCGCCCGUCACCAUAGUAACCCUGGGCAGCGUCACCAUAACGACCAAAUGGCUCUGCCUGGCUGAGUGCUGCACCGUGACCCUCCUGUACCCCAGCAGCUCCUUGACGGGCCAUCUGUCUGGAAUGCUGGUGGGCGUGGCUCUCGCGGCCACGCCCCUCGGCUUGGCCACGCCCCUCUCCACCUGCUUAUGAUGGGACCACAGCUCUGAUGGCAGAACCGUCCCCACUCCCCCCCCCCCCGCCAGGGGGCGCCCUGCAUCCAAACCCAACGCCCAGCCCGGAGCCGUCGGAGCCGCCAGCCCCACUGCCCCCCGGCACCAGUUUGGCUCCAGGCCAGUUUUGUCAGCUGGCUCUGGUGCUGUUUGUAGGUAAACACGCCUGGCCCGCGUCUCAGAGCCCCUCUGUUUCCACUGCACACAGCGGGCGGCUGCCCCACGCCCCGGCCCGCCCCAGGGCGGGGACUGGCUGGCUCAGGGGGGGCAGGGAAUGGGGCAGGGGCUGGCACCCGAGUGAUCCCACACGGGUGGGAGAAGGCCGGGCAGAGCAAACAUCCCGUGACCCGGGGGCACAGUGUGGCACGCCCUGGUGCUGCCCACAGGCAGGGCAGCAAAGCCCCGUGUGGCCACACGCGUCGGCGCCGUGCAACCAACUGCCAAGCGCGUGAGCGGUUGUUGGUGCCAGGCCCAGGGGCGGGCGCGGGGACCCGCUGGCGUCAGCUGGAUAAGGCCAGAGCGCCUGAGGUCAGGGUGCAAAGUGUGCCCGUUGGCUGGGGGGCCUGGCCGAGCACCAGAGAAAGUUCACGUGGGCGUGCGGGAGAGCAAGUGUGUGUGAGUGCACUAGUGUGCGAGAGAUGACGGGCAUACGGGGGGAGACGUGCGAGGCAUUGCACAUGCGGGCGAGAGCAUUUGUGGACGUUGAGCCGUGCAAGGGGAGAGAGCAGCAGCCAGGAUCACCAGGGAACGUGCGAGAGACGUGCAGUGUCAGCAGGCAGGGCUGGUGCGGAAGCACGAGAUUGCAGCAGCGCUCGUGUAGGAUCACAAGCGUGAUCAAGACACACCCAGUGUCACAGCUGCACCCCCACAGGCUCACAAGCGCCUGUGAAAUGCAAGCUGCCUGCGCACAACCGACCCAAAACACACGCCGGGGUAGGAGUGGGGCAGAUGCUAAGCACAUGCCCACCCUGCCAUGAGGCCAGGACAUGCACGUGCACACUCCCACAUGCACAGGAUCGCACGUGCUUGUGAGCGCGUCAGUGCUCACACUUGGGGGGCCAACAGCGCACGAGCACAUUAGCAGGCAAGCUCAUUGCGGGCCACACAAGCACAGGCAUGUAUGAGGUCACAAGCGCACUGCAUGCACAAUCAUAGGCAGCUGCACAGGGUCAGAAGGGCUUGCACGGGGUCCCAAGCACGCUGCACGCACCAUCACAAGCGCACGUGCUGGAUCACAAACACACUGCAUGCACAAUCACAAGUGCACACCCCAGAUUACAAGUGCCCUGCAUGCACAAAUCACAAGUGCACCAUCACAAGUGCCCUGCAUGUAAAAUCACAAGUGCCCAUGCCGGAUCCCAAGCGCACGAUCACCAGUGCACCCACAGGCAAACAUCACAAGCGCACGCACAGGUUCACAAGUGAUUUUGCAAACGGGUACACAAGUGCACGAUCACACGCACACUGCAUGCAAAAUCACAAGCACAUGCACAGGGUCACAAGCCUGCUGCAUGCACAAAUCACAAGUGCACAUGCCGGAUCACAAGCACCCGAUCACCAGUGCAACCACGUGCAAAAUCAAGUGCAUGCACAGGAUCACAAGUGUACCCGCUGGCAAAAUCACAAGGUCUCAAACGGGGCCCAGCGCAUUAGUGGGCCCCCCUCAGGUGACAGGAGCCACUGGAUUGGGAGUCCCACCCAGAGUGCCUGGGCAGGGGCCACAGGCGGGCCAGCGGGGGGCUCGGGUCCCCCCCCACA